AUGUACGUGGGAGCGUCCUCCUUCUCUUACAAACACGCAUCCCGGCACCAGAUACCUUUGCCCAUGAGAUUCACUGCCACAGAGGAAUCCUGGUGCCCGAGCGCCAUCCAAUCCUGGCCACGGGAGUCCUUGGGACGCGCCUGGAUUAUGCAGCCAGCCUCCUGCGCCCUCCCACCUACGUCCCCUCCACCGCCCACCUACACUUCCUCCACAGCACACCAAACACCUGCCACAGGCUCUCAGCACAAAGUCCUCCAAGCCAUCGCUCUGGUAUUGAUAGGGCGCCCUGGGAUCCUCUUCUUCUCCUGCCUCGGUGGAUGGACACAAGCACAUGGGUUUACAUGGCGAAAUGUUGAGCUAGAACCUCGUUGCCCCUCGAUGACUCGCUCCUGUGUUGCGGCUCAAGGCCAUUACGUCCUCAGUUUGAGCCUUCUCUAG